UACACAGGAACGAGAGAGGAUGCUACCGACUGCCGCUGUAAAGCCUCUAAUGGCGACGCACCCAGCUCUGUAGAUCAGUGGUUGGAGGCAGAAGGGCAGAGCUUCAACCCACCCAGCUCUGUUCCAGAGAAGGCUUCGAUAGAUCAGUGGUUGGAGGCAGAAAGGCAGAGCUUCAACCCACCCAGCUUUGUUCUUGUGUUUCAGCUUGCGCUCGCACCAAGGAUGAAGCUCAAGCAGGACGAGGGCUUGAUCAGACAGAAUAAGGAGAAGCUGGGGAAGAUACUUGACGUGUACGAGCGGAGGCUAGGGGAAAUUCGAUUCCCGGCUGGUGAUGACUUUACGCUAGCCGAUUUAACACUGAUGGCAAAUUACGUGGCUCAAGCGACCACCCUCUCCGGCAAUGACAGUGACGAAAGAAACGAGUAAAGGUUAUAGAGCAUCAAUGAGCCAAGAAGCACCGAAACAUUCCCACUAAUGACAACAGGUUAGCACCACAUGGGACACAGGUAUUUACCAUAUCUGUGCGUUUUUUGAAAAAAACGCUUGAACCAAACGAUGAUACAUGUGAUUGUUGAAUUGCCUACGUAAAUCCAAUGUGGCGCCAUUUUUCAGAAAAACGGCCACGAUUCCAAACAUCCCCUAUUUUAUCAAAAAAAAAAAAAAAGGAAAACUGUAAACUCUGUUGUAUGGUUAAUGGGCCACACAUGCACUCUAAAACUAAGGUGUAGGAAACUGAAAAUUCUGACACUUGUAUGGUUAGUGGGCCUCACACGCACCUUGCUCCCGUGAACAUUAGUCAUUAUGCUGCAUUUGGUUGCACUGGUGUAGAUGCAUAAGAGUGCAAAUAGGUUGAGUGUAACUGCUGGUUUACCUUUGCUUCAGAUUUCACAUUGUUUUGUUUGUUUGUGAAAAGUAAAAUGGUGUAUAUGCAAAAGAAUGGAGCUGAAGAGAGAUUAUUUGUCUGGGAGUGAACAAGAUGUAGUCCCCCACUUUAUAUGUAAAAGAAUUGAGACCGAGAGUAAAAAAAAAUGGACAGGAAGAAGAAGGUGGUGCAAAUUUUACAUCAGUUUCUAAGAUGAAAAAUUUACUUGCUAGUGAGUGCAAAAUAAGACAAAAAAGGUACAAAUUUUAAUCAAAUAAAAAAAUGCAAAUCAUAGUUACGAAAAAAAACAGAACCAAUUUGCAUCUGUUACAUAUUUGCACUACAACCAAACGCAGCCUUAAUACCAAAUCAGAUGCACGAUCAUUUUCCUCCCAAAGUUAACUAGUUAUUUUCUUCCACUCCUUACAAAACCACAUAUCUGGAAUAUGCGUGAAACCCA